CGGGCCGGAGAAGGGGGAGCACUGAGCGGGAGGGUUUCCGGUCGGGGCCGUGAGGGGGAGCACCGGGAGGGAGGGUUCCGGCUGGCGGGCGCGCGGGGAAGAUGGAGACGAUCCUGGAGCAGCAGCGGCGCUACCACGAGGAGCGGGAGCGGCUCAUGGAUGUGAUGGCCAAGGAGAUGCUGAUUAAGAAAUCCACGUUACGUGACCAGAUUAACUCUGAUCACCGCACCCGAGCAAUGCAGGAUCGGUAUAUGGAAGUGAGUGGAAAUCUGAGAGACUUGUAUGAUGAUAAGGAUGGGUUACGGAAGGAGGAGCUCAGCGCCAUUUCAGGGCCAAAUGAGUUUGCAGAAUUCUAUAAUAGACUAAAACAGAUCAAGGAAUUUCACCGGAAGCACCCAAAUGAGAUCUGUGUGCCGAUGUCAGUGGAAUUUGAGGAACUGUUGAAAGCCAGAGAGAACCCCAGUGAAGAGGCACAAAAUCUAGUGGAGUUCACAGAUGAAGAAGGUUAUGGCCGGUACUUGGAUCUUCAUGAUUGUUACCUCAAGUACAUUAACUUAAAAUCAUCAGAGAAACUGGAUUACAUCACAUACUUAUCCACAUUUGACCAACUCUUCGAUAUUCCCAAAGAGCGAAAAAAUGCUGAAUAUAAAAGGUAUCUUGAAAUGCUUCUUGAGUAUCUGCAGGAUUACACAGAUCGGGUGAAGCCACUGCUGGAUCAGAAUGAACUUUUUGGGAAGAUUCAGAAUGAGUUUGAGAAGAAGUGGGACAAUGGAACGUUCCCUGGUUGGCCGAAAGAGACCAGCAGUGCACUUACCCAUGCUGGAGCCCAUCUGGAUCUCUCAGCCUUUUCCUCUUGGGAGGAAUUGGCCUCCCUGGGACUGGACAGAUUAAAAUCUGCUUUACUGGCUUUGGGUCUGAAAUGUGGCGGUACUCUGGAAGAGCGUGCUCAGAGGCUGUUCAGCACAAAAGGCAAAUCUUUGGAAGCCCUUGAUUCUUCCUUGUUUGCCAAGAAUCCAAAGACAAAAGGAAGCAAAAGGGACACAGAGAGGAACAAAGACCUUGCGUUCCUGGAAGCUCAGGUCUACGAGUAUGUGGAAAUUCUUGGGGAACAGAGACAUCUCACCCAUGAGAACGUGCAGCGUAAACAAGCACGCACAGGGGAAGAGAGAGAGGAGGAAGAGGAGGAGCAGAUCAGUGAAAGCGAAAGUGAAGAUGAAGAGAAUGAAAUAAUUUACAACCCUAAAAAUCUGCCUCUUGGCUGGGAUGGCAAGCCUAUCCCCUAUUGGUUAUAUAAACUGCAUGGUUUGAACAUCAAUUACAACUGUGAGAUUUGCGGUAACUACACCUACCGAGGGCCCAAAGCUUUCCAGCGGCACUUCGCAGAGUGGCGUCAUGCUCAUGGGAUGAGAUGCCUGGGCAUUCCCAACACAGCUCAUUUUGCUAAUGUCACACAGAUUGAAGAUGCAGUCUCUUUGUGGGCAAAGCUGAAGCAGCAGAAAGCUUCGGAGAGAUGGCAGCCUGACACAGAGGAGGAAUAUGAGGAUUCCAGUGGGAAUGUGGUGAAUAAAAAGACCUAUGAAGACUUGAAACGUCAAGGGCUACUGUAACUUUCUCUGGUUGGAGGAUUUGGCUCCUCUGAGGCCCUUGGUGAAGCACUCUGAGCCCUGUGCUUUCUUCUCUGUACUUUUGCAUUUUCUGUUCUGCAUGAACAUACAUUUCAAAGACACUUUGUAGAAUCACUUUCUUGUAAGUCCCUUCUUGUGCAGACAGAGUCGUGAUGGUCCAAAAUGUAUUUUAUACUAAAAGAUACUGCAAAAAUAAACUGAUUUUAGUGUAGGAA